AUGCCGUAUGUAUCAAACUUCGCAAGUAGAGAAUUUCAUCAGAAUAGUCGAUCGUGUUUUGGUGACGUUCGCGACAUAGCAGCAAUUUUGCCAACAUUCGACCCCAGUAAGAAAAUAAUAACUUCGGUUCAAUUUGUGAAUCGUAUUGAACAAUUGCGCAGUGUUUAUGGUUGGGACGAUAAAAUUUUGCUAUUUGCCGUGCAAACAAAACUUGAAGGUGUAGCAAAGUUAUGGAUUGAUGCAAGCCAAGAAAUUUUUAUAAAUUGGCAACAUUUUGUGCAUGAGUUUUUGCGAGAAUUUCCUUGUGUGGUGAUUCCCGCCGAUGUACAUAUGGAGCUCAUGAGCAUGCGCAGAGCCCAUAAUGAAAGUGUAGAAACGUUUUACUACAAAUGUAUUGCGGUUGGUCGACGCGGUAGAAUUGACGAAAGUUCAUUAAUUAAAUAUAUUAUAAGCGGUAUUAAUGACACAGAUAUGAAGAGAAGUAUCUCAGUGAACAAUUAUGCUACGUGCAAUGAACUGUUGAGUGCGAUUACAAAUUAUAGUGCGUAUAAUUGUACGAAAAAUGUUGCAGAUGUGAAACGUAAUUCACCUGUUGAGUCCCAUAAGUCGGUAAAGCAGGACGAAAAGCAAAAAAAGCAAAUUGUUUGCUUCAAUUGCCGAAAACCUGGGCAUUUUUCGCGUGAUUGUCCAGAGCCGCAGAAACGCGAUCGUAGCGCGAAAUCUGAAAACAAUAACCUAAAUGACAAAAACAAAAGUGCGAAAGUAAAUUGCAAUACAAUUGAAAAUGUGGAAAAUGAUUUUGCUAUUAAGCAAAUAAAAGUGAACGGACACAGUGCCAGUGCAUUUGUUGAUACUGGUAGUAAGCGCACGUUAAUUAGAAAAUCGUUUGCAGACGAAAUUGGUAAUAUUGAGCGCUGCUGUAUAACAUUAAAAGGCUUCGGCGGUGGCCAGUAUCAAUGUACAUCAAAAUUGAAUACAAUUUUGACGAUUGAUGACAGUGACUGUGCAAGUGAAGUGCUAGUUGUUGACGACGGUAUGAUCGAUUACCCAAUUUUGCUCGGUAUCGAUGUUCUAUGCGCAAAUGAAAAUAAAUUCGUGUUUGAAGGACGAAAUAUAUGGUUUAUAAAAAAGAACAAUAACAAAGUUAUGAAAAUCACAGACGGUGAAUUCGGUAAUUUAAAUAAAGUGUUGCAAGUAUAUGCACAUUGUUUUUCUGUGGACAAGGCUAUAGGAAAAACUGAUCUCGUGAAAAUGAAAAUCGCACUAUCGUCGGAUGUGCCGAUAAAUAUGAAGCCAUAUCGUAUUCCUUUCGCACGGCGACCGGUUGUGAAAGAAAUCAUAAGUGAUUUGUUACGGUGCGAAAUUAUUAGACCGUCGAACUCCCCAUACGCUUCGCCAAUCGUAUUGGUGGAAAAGAAAAACAGCAGGAGAGUGGAUGGCCAUUGGGUCCUAGGAAUGGUUGAGGACGGCAGCGACGAUCCGUGGUUGGAAGUCUGCCCAGAAAAUGUCCGGUCCGCUGAGGUGCUCAUACCCCUCAUUCAAAAACAUGUAGCCGAGGGAACAAUUAUUUGUACCGAUUUUUGGAAGGCGUACGAUUACCUAGCGGACAAUGGAUAUGAGCACAGAAAAGUAAACCAUAGCGAUCCGGAUAACCCCUUUGUGGCAGACGACGCCACGCAUACGAAAAGGAUCGAAUCGCAAUGGCGUGUGAUUAAAAGAUUUUUCAAUAGAGACAACUACAAUAAUCCUCAUAAUUUUGCGGAUAAAAUUGUAGAAUAUCUGUGGCGCAAAACGCUCGUAAUUUCCUCAAACUUGUUGACGCAAUAA